UCAUUCAACCCACCUCCACCCCACCUCACGGCAUCAUGGCAGAACCCAAAAUAUCUAUAUUAUCGCUUUUAAAAGCGCUGUCCGAGUCUCCGGACACUAUAUCUCCCGAAGAUAUCACGAAGGCUAUUACCCAUAGCUUCAACGAUGAGCUCUCGCCAGUACAAACGGGGACGCUAUUAACGACAUUGCAUUUUACAAAGUUGGACCAGAAGCCAGAGAUUAUUGCUGCUGCUGCGAGGGCCAUGAGAACCGCUGGGUUAAAGGUUGACGGGCUGCGGGCAGAUGCCUGGGGAGAUGAGACUUCUGAAGGAAAGUACGGGGGUGGUUUGGUCGAUAUAGUUGGCACGGGGGGCGACGGUCAUAAUACCUUCAAUGUAUCUACAACUUCCGCGAUAUUAGCCUCCGGGUGCGGGUUAAGAAUAUGCAAGCACGGGAACAAAGCCUCCACGUCCGCAUCAGGUAGUGCAGAUAUUCUCACAUCUCUAGGUGCGAAGCUUAUGGCUAUAACGCCAUCCAUUGUUGCAUCGAUCUUCAAUAAGCCUUCGAGGGGGAACUUCUGCUUUCUUUAUGCCCCUGUUUUCCAUCCGGCUGUGCGCCAUGUGGCUCCUAUUCGCCGCGAGUUAGGACACCGAACCAUCUUUAAUCUUCUUGGACCUCUAGCCAACCCAAUCGACUACUCGGUUCCGGGAGGUCUAGAAGCAAGAAUCAUUGGCGUCGGUAGGCGGGAACUUGGCCAAGUCUUUGCCGAAACAUUGAAGAUCCUGGGAUCUAGCAAAGGAAUGGUAGUAUGCGGGGAAGAGGGUCUCGAUGAAGUCUCGUGUGAACGUAGGACCGAAUGCUGGAGGCUAUUGGAGGAUCCUAAGACAAAGGAGGUCAUGGUGGACCACUUUUUUGUUCACCCCACGGAGACCUUUGGAAUUCCUACGCACUCCCUUUCCAAAGUUGCUGGAGGCAAAGGUCCUGAUGAGAAUGCCGCAAUCUUGGAGAGACUGCUCAAAGGACAGGCGCAAGAUGACGAGAAGGCUGUGAAGGACUUUGUACUGGUGAACACAGCAGCCCUCAUAGCUAUCUCUGGGCUCCUGGGCCCAGUCGAGCGAGUACCCGAGGGAACAGUGGCAAAAGGUGCGGUCUGGAAGAACGCAGUGGAGAAGGCAAAUGAAGGCAUCGCAAGCGGGAAAGCCUGGGAGGAGUGGUCAGAGUUUGUAGAGAAAAGCCGACAGGCAGAGGUCAGUCAGGCAUGGUCCUCCACCUAACCUACUUCUCCCCUGUUGCGAUCCGUUGUUCUUCUCCGUUCCCGUAGACGGCCCUGCAAAUCAAUUCCUCCGAAGUAUAUAAGCACAAAAUAGUCUCAAAGGCU